UCUACGUAUGUAGCCACAUCCGAUCUCGUAGCCUUUGGUCUGUCAAUGCAUUGUUGCCUGCACCCCCAAUGCUAUGACAAACGUCAAGUAUCACGAGGAGGCGGAACCCGGUUACCCGGCAUCGUACGCAUCCGCUUCACUAUUUCGUUUAACCUCUAUCGCUUCAACGCUACAUGUAUUCAAGGGACUGUGGAUUGUAAGUUAGAAGAACCCGCUUAGAUAGCCUGAACUUUAUUCCCCGAAGGACAUGGGCCUUACCCGACGCCAUACCCGACGAUUUUGCUCAAGUCAAGCCGCCCAUCCCGACUGUUGGAUCCCUUAUAUUAUCAUCAGGGUCCUGGUCUGCAAUCAAUUGAUCUUUCCCAAACUCAUCACUUUAGCUUCAAUCCCAGAUCAGAACAACCAGAGCAGCCACUCGCUUGCGCGUCAUCUCACCCGCACUUUCAACAUGACUGCUGCGCACUCUGCAAAGACCGACCUAGUCAUUCGCGCCGGCACUGUCCACUCUCUAGAUACAGGUGCUCCGAUCUACAAAUCCAUCGCAUUGCGAGACGGGCGUAUUGUGGCGGUGUCUGAGGACUUGAACGGCCUGGAUGGCUAUAUCGAUACCGAGACUCAGGUUAUCAAUGAGCCAGAACACACCGCGCUGCCUGCCUUCGACGAUACCCACACUCACUUGAUUUUCGCUGGGCUCGGUCACUUCAGCGUCCCCGUACACCAAGCCACCUGCAUUGAUGAUCUUCUAGCACUCCUGCGCCAACAUGCCUCAAAGACCGAACCAGGCUCAUGGAUCACCACGACCGCCAACUGGCAAGAGUAUAAUCUCAAGGAGCGGAGAUUUCCAACCGCUCUCGAGCUUGACGGCGCUUCAAGGACACAUCCGAUCGUUCUGCGGCGAGGCGGGCACAAUAUUGUCGUCAACUCGCUUGCCCUCAAGCUCGGGGGCAUAACAACCGCGAGUACGAGCCCGCCUGGCGGUAAAAUCGGUCGUACAAACGACGGUAGUCUCAAUGGCCAUCUGCAGGAUCAAGGAAUGAUGCCAAUCCUUCGCCUGCUGCCUCAGCAGACUCUUGAGCAACGAAUCAUUGGCCUCGAUGCUGCUUCGGCGGCGUAUGCAGCCAAGGGCAUUGGUUGUGUUCGAGACUGUGCUGUCCCCAUUUCCGAUGUUCCUGUGUUGAUGGCGGCACGUGAAGCUGGCAAACUACACAUCCGGGUGCGGGCUCUAGUUUCAUCCAUUGGCAUGACGUCGUCCGUUGCCGUUACUGGUCUUCUAGAUCAGAUGGAAGAAUAUCGACAUUUGCAGCACGACAGCAUGUUGUCCAUAUGGGGUGUCAAGUUCACCAUGGACGGGGGCAUUGAAGCUGGCGCGACCAAGGAGCCUUAUGAAGGCCGACCUGACGAGGGCUGCUGUGGCCCAACUGACUUUCGCGGCAUUCUAUCAUGGGAUGUCAGCAAGAUGGUUGAAGCCAUGGAUGUCGUGCUUCGAAGAGGUUGGAGGAUUGGAACCCAUGCAUACGGGGACAGGGCCGUCGAAACACUGCUCGAUGUCUACGGCCGGCUUCAGGAGAGACAUCCUAGCUUGCCACCCCACAGUCUGGUCAUGGAGCAUGGAGCUCUCGUCGACCCAGCCACGCAGGCACGAGCUGUUCGGAUGGGGAUACCUGUAACAAUUCAGCAACCUCUACUUCACGAUGUCGCCGCCAUCCAGUCGCUCUACUUUGGAAAAGAGCGAACCGCUCGGCUUUUUCCAGCUCGCAGUUGGCUCGAUGCCGGUGCGCUCGUUGGGGGAGGCUCUGACUACCCUAUCGGUCGGUUUGGCGCGAUGCGUUCGAUAUGGGGUAUGACCACUCGAACAACUGUUGCCGGAGUUAUGGGUAUCGAGCACGCCAUCACAUGCGAUGAGGCGGUGGCAUUACAUACUACGCAGGCGGCCGAACUGCUCAAUGAGACAAGUCUUCGUGGAACUCUCACACCCGGUAAAUUGGCUGACUUGACCAUCUGGCCAAUUGAUCCGCUGGCAAAUCAGGAUUUGCUUGAGUUGAGGGAUCUUGAACCGUCGUAUACGAUCAUAAAUGGUUGUAUAGAGCAUGCGCCGGGAAAGAGUCUAGUAUAGCAAUCGCGUGCAUGGAGGUCGACAUUCGUUUCAUGUUCUGUUCCUAUUGACUAUAAUAAGUACCAGCGGGAGAUUGGACACUACGGCGUUUCCACGCCGCACAGCUGGUUCACGGAUCCCAGCUCAGCGGAAGCGAGAGUUGUCUACUAGAGUGCAGAGUCGCGCUAACGAUAAGAUUAUUCCGAGAUUUCAAAUGACUUUUCGAAUGGAGAGUUCGUGUAUUAAAUCCGCGUCAAGAAUUGCGUUAAGAAAGAUCAAAAGGUGUGGCCGAGCUUCAGAUGUGGCUGAACUAAGGCUGAUGAAGCCAAAGGCCGCUAACCCGAUUCAUCGAGCCAAGCACGUGACAGCCACCCGUCAUUCGGCCCCAGCCGAAGCCACCCUUUAAUAUUCCUACGACAUGCGGCG